CCAUAACUUCAAUGGGAAUGCCUCUUUGUCCAUGAUAUUACGGAACAAAGACAAGAGGGUCCCCUCUUGCAUUCAUAAAAGGGAGAUGCAAGGCGAGAAACCUUCUGUGCUUUGCCCUCUCCUCUUCGUCUUUCAGUCAUGCCUCUGUCUCUCCAGCUCUCUAGGCACUCAUCUCAGGCUACAGAAGUGGUUCGCGACGAUGUCUCCGACGUGGGCACUGAAGUCCCUCAAGCCUAUCCUGUGGCAAGCUACCUCAGUAAAGCGCGUCUACCAGAAUUCUGCCGUCAUGUGAGGUUCCCAGUGGAGCAGCUCAGACGCAUUGCGACUUGGCCCAAGAUGCCUACACUCGCGAGGGCUUUGGGAACGCGUCCUUUGAAGAAAGUGUACGUUGUGGACGCUGCUGUUAUUUUUCAAGGGACUGCUAAAUACAUGAGCGACAUGCCUUACCUCCAUAUCGUUAAUGAAGAGGGUGUUCUUCAGGAGACUUCUUCGAAGAUCAAGCUUGCAAACGGUAUCAUCGUGCAGUACGACCACAGCGACCUUGAUUUUCUUCACAAUAUCAACUCGGAGGACGACAUGGAUCGACUAUUGACAAACUAUGUCCUUGCGACUACCUCAGAGGUCGUUCGUCUCUUCAGUCAUCUCCCGCCCAUGUGUCCCCAGGCGGAGAGCCUCAAGUUCCAGAAUAUCUCGGCCAGGCACACCGUGCAUCACUGCAAGUGGGAUGUAUACAGUAUGAACGAUCAGUUCUUCAUCGUCUUUGUCCCACCUUGGUUCAUGGGAAAAGAAGACCUUGAAGCACUUGCUUGUCGCGGCCAGGUGGCAGGCGGUGCCCUCGACGCGUUAGAUCCUCGUGCACAGCUAUUGGAUACCAUCAGUGAUAAGUUGUGGGCUUUGAUAUGUGACGUUUGUGUUGGACGUUGCGCGGAAUUCGUCGUAACUAACUACUUGUAUUGGAGCUUCGGUCGAUUCGACUCGAAAGGCUACUCAGAGGCCAUGCUUUCACUGCCGAUACAGGCAGAGUUGGAUCCAUUAGAUGGGACAGUCAUGGAAGAACAUCCCGUGGACCCUUCGGUGAUUGAGAUUUUGGUCUACUGGAUUCAGGUGGCAAGGGGGGCUGCUGUCACAGUGGGAUAAAACGUUUCACAAUUAACCAUGUACAAGA